UAUUCAAUUUAUUUUGUUUUGUUGCUUGCUGGUGAAACUCAGAAUCUCCAUCCGGAACUAAAGUAAAAGGAAUUUGUUUGGAAGUCGGACCAAUUUAAUGUCAGAACAAGGAUACUGAAGUACCACGAACUUUAUGAAUGUCCAUAGCUGAACUGAAGACAUGAUUGUUGUUGAACCGAGGCUAUAUAUCGGAUCUACAUCCGACCUGAAAGAUAGUCAGGAACUGGUUAAUGCAGGAAUCACCCAUAUACUCACCGUUGACUCGGAGAAACCCACUUUGCCAGAAGUGUUUAAGACAAAGUUUGUCCGUGCCAUGGACGAGGCGACUACCGAUCUACUCAGCUGUCUGGAUGAUUGUCUUCGUUUCAUUCGCGAGGGUAUUGAUGGAGCGUCUGGGGCAGUCCUCGUGCACUGUCAUGCCGGACAGAGUCGGAGCGCUGCUGUGGUUACUGCCUUCUUGAUGAAAUCAAAGCAAUUAAACGCGAUAGACGCUUAUGCCAAACUACAGCAGAUAAAAUCAAAUGUCAAAAUGAACGAAGAGUUUCUUCGCCAGCUAGAAUUAUUUGAAUCAAUGAACUGUGAGGUGGACGUCACCAGCCCAGUCUACAAACAAUACAGACUCCAGAAAAUCACAGAAAAAUACCCAGAACUUCAAGCCAUUCCUAGGGAAGUCUUUGCUGCUGAUCCAGUGACAGACACAAGCAGCAAUGAUGUCAUCCAUAGAUGCAGGAAGUGUCGACGCACCGUGUUCCGCAGAUCCAGUGUCCUCAGCCACACCCCUGGCGUGGGCCCCACGGCUUUCGGUCAUAAGAAGGUGACUGGAGUCGCCUCACAAGCCCCAGGGCACGCUCAGACUCAGUGUACGUCCUACUUCAUCGAGCCUGUGCGGUGGAUGGAGGAGGCCCUGCUGGGUGUGAUGGAUGGACAGCUCUUGUGCCCAAAAUGCAACUCGAAACUCGGAUCCUUUAACUGGUAUGGUGAGCAGUGCUCCUGUGGCCGUUGGGUGACGCCCGCCUUCCAGAUUCACAAGAACCGGGUGGAUGAAAUCAAGCACAUCAGUGUGUCUGCACUGAAAUGACGCGUGGAUCACUCGUCUGAAGAGAUCGCUUUGCCGUCACUAAGCGACACCAACUUGGUCUCAGAAGUCGAGGGCUGAUAGCAGCUGCAAAACACCUUUGCCUUGCAGGUCUCCUAUUUUAUCAAAAAUUGUAUUCUCUUCCAUUUACUGUUUCUGAGAGCUGUUUGUAUAAAUUUGUGUACAUAUUAUCAAUAAAUGCUGCAACUGAAA